AUGUUUGACUUUCUGUCUGCCUCCUUGUGCAAAACGUGUCCUUGCCACAGACCGUUGUACGAGGCGGCAGCAUCGGCAGGGUCAGCAACAACAGAUGUAGCAGCAGCAGGCAACAGUAACACCAAACACAACCGCGCGUUUGCGUGGGCGCGACCGAGAGGGGACAGCAGCAAUAAAAGAAGUACAGGCGGAGUGGAAGGGUCGCCGCGCGGCAGUGGGGGGUUGGGGGGCUUAUUAGCGUCGUGGGGGGAAACAACGAAGGAACCCAUCGCAAGAUGGAAAGCACGGCAUGGCAGCCUCUUCGCCCAUGAGGACGUUAACCGGAAGGCUCAGGCGGCGGCGAGAGCGGCGGGGGUGCGCCCGGAUUACAAGCUGACGUUUUGGGGCUGCAUGGUGGCGGGGGCGGUCAGUCGAAGCGUGGCGCAGACAUCGCUCCACCCGGCAAACGUGAUCAAGACGCUGCUGCAGACGAAGGGGUCUUUCAGGGCGAUUCUUCCCCUGACGUGGACCACUCUCUCGAGGGGGGCGGGGGCGCAGUUCUUGCUGUCGCUGCCAAACGGGGCUUUGCAUUUCGCCGUUUUGGAGAAUACCAAAUCAAGGAUGGCCGAGAUGUUCCCGCUGAAGACAGCGUCGUUCCUGCUGGAUUUUGCUUCUUGCUCGGCAGCGACAGCUCUGUGCUCUGUCAUGAGCACACCUCAGAUGGUUUUGACCAAUAGGAUCAUGGCGGGGGUGUACCCGAACCUGUGGACAGGAGUUCGGAGCAUCAUCCAGGAGAAGGGGGCGCGGGGUUUCUACGCGGGGUGGUGGCCGGGGCUCGUGCAAAAGAUCCCCUCGUACGGGUUGACGUGGGUUUUGUUCCAGCAGGUGAAGGACUUGCACUACAGGAUGGCGAAGCGCUUGCCCUCCAACACGGAGAACUUCUGGCUCGGAUGCAUCGCAGCGGCGGGAUCGGUGACGAUCAUGAUCCCUAUGGACACGGUCAAGACUCGCCUGGUGACCCAGUCGAGCGCAUCGACCGUGAUGUACAGCGGGAUCUUCAACUGCUUCACGAGGAUGCUGCGGGAGGAGGGCGUAACUUCUUUUUACAAUUCGUUAUCGCCGCGCCUCGUGAGCGUCGUUCCCAUGAUCGGCGUUCAGUACCUGGUGUACGAAUUUAUGAAGCGACUUAUGGCCGAAGUCCCGGAAACCGCGGCGCCCAAACCCAAAAAAAAAAACGUGCUCUCGCGAACCAAAGUAUUAGUGGAGGAGCUUGAAACCGUAACGGAGGGAUAGAAGCAGACGAGAUACAGUCUUGUGUGUUUAGAGCUAAAAAUUAGAGGCUCCAACAAACAAUAGUUACUAGUUCUGGUCGCCGCCUCCCUCGGCGAGUUGGACUUGGGCAGUUUUGUGGGAUAUUUGUACCGCGUUGACAAGCGUAAAGGAACGCAUGGUGCGAGGAGGGGGGAGGGAAAAAGGGAUGGCGCUUUCUGCCCGGGUCGCCGCCGUCGUAGGUUUCGGACUUUUGUCUCAGGUCCAUGUGGCACGGCAAAACGAUCAUCGAAGCUUUAAAGCACACACUCCUGAAUCACACACAUUGUUAAAAAAGUUUUAGUUCAUUCCGAGCUUAAACCAUACCCCGGCAACUUGUGGAAGAUCUCCCGUGGACCUCGUCCUCCUUGCUUUCAUUACUCUGCACUGACCUGGGCUUGUUUCCAAGCGGUGGAUUCCACCCAUAUCCUAGCUAGCAUUCCGCGUACCAACCCCACGUUGUCAAGCAAUCCUCCCUGCUUGUGCUUUGAACGAUUGCUGCGGCGGUGUGAGCGCGCAACACAAGCCCUUGGCGUUCGGUACCCAGGAACCAAGUAGUCCUCAACUGCUGCGUUGUGUGUCAUGCAAAUCCAGCAGAGAAGGAGUUGCGUUCUCGUUGAAAGAGCACAUGUGCACGCACAGGCAAACACGUCAUGC